UCCAAAAACCGCGAACCUUUCUGUCACUUGUCGUUGUCACAAUUCCUUGAUUCUCUUUUGUGUGUUAAAAGUGAUAAAAUGCUAACUUUGUUGUAGCCCUUCCUGACCAUGUGCUGUAAUGAGGCCCGAAAAUGAUUCGAAAGAAGCGAAAGUGGUAUAGCCUUAACGAAAAUGCUUCGCCUUUUCCUCACUCUACUUUCCCUUGGGAGUGUCGAACUGAUCAACAAUGAAAUCCCCCCCGAGGACAACCUGGAAUCGCCCUUGUGUUGCAACCUGACUACCGAUCAUGUAGAAAUCGAUUACAGUUCGAAAGUAGUCGAAAAUGAAUACAUUGUUAUGUUCAAUGGCUACUACAAGAACCAGGCACGGGCCGGGUACAUUAACACGGCCCUUAACACCUCCGGGGUCAAAAAAUGGAAGAUUUUAUCCCGCGAGAACCCCGCCAGUGACUAUCCGAGUGAUUUCGAUGUUGUGGUACUUGAAGACACUGAUAAGAACGCAGGGUUGAACGCUUUGAGUAACCACCCUUCGGUGAAGACCGUCACGGCCCAACGAAUGGUCCUCCGCACCCUCAAAUUCGUCAAUGAGAAUUACAUAAGACGCGGGAGGAGCAGUCUCUCGAAAAACCAGUUCUGGCAAGCGACCGGUCGACACACAAGUCGCCGUCUCUUGAGGGCUAUACCUCGCCAGAUAACCUCAGUCCUCCAAGCCGACUCUUUAUGGAACAUGGGGGUGACGGGGAAAGGGAUCAAAGUGGCGAUUUUCGACACGGGACUCUCCAAAACGCACCCACAUUUCCGCAAAAUCAAAGAACGGACGAAUUGGACCAAUGAGAAGACGUUUGAUGAUGGUCUCGGCCAUGGGACGUUUGUCGCAGGGGUGAUAGCCUCGAGUAAGGAGUGUUUGGGCUUUGCCCCCGACUCCGAACUCCACAUUUUCCGGGUCUUCACCAAUAACCAAGUUUCGUACACUUCGUGGUUCCUCGAUGCUUUCAACUACGCCAUCUUGAAGAAAAUCAACGUUUUGAAUUUGAGUAUUGGGGGGCCCGAUUUCAAGGACCAUCCUUUCGUCGAUAAAGUAUGGGAGUUGACUGCGAAUCGGGUGGUUAUGGUCUCGGCUAUAGGAAACGAUGGUCCUUUGUAUGGUACCUUGAAUAAUCCUGCCGAUCAAAUGGAUGUUAUAGGAGUCGGAGGGAUUAAUUUCGAGGACCAGAUUGCUAAAUUCUCAUCACGGGGGAUGACCACAUGGGAGUUGCCUCAAGGGUAUGGGAGAGUGAAACCAGAUAUAGUGACUUAUGGGUCGGCCGUCCGAGGGUCGAACAUAAAAGGGGGCUGUAGGGUUUUGUCGGGGACUAGUGUGGCGUCUCCUGUUGUGGCCGGGGCUGUAACAUUGCUAGCAAGUGGUGUUUUGCAUCGCGGUGAUGAUAUUAACCCCGCUAGUAUUAAGCAAGCCCUAAUGGCCUCGGCAAGGAGGCUCCCCGGGGUCAAUAUGUUCGAACAAGGACACGGCAAACUCAAUCUCAUGAAAGCCUAUCAAAUUUUGAGUAGUUACAAACCUCAGGCUAGUCUCAGUCCCAGUUACAUUGACCUUAGUGAGUGUCCCUACAUGUGGCCAUAUUGCACCCAACCCCUCUAUUACGGUUCUCUCCCCGUCAUUGUUAACGUAACAAUUUUGAAUGGUCUUGGGGUAUCGGGGGUGAUUGUGAGUAAACCACAAUGGCACCCAUAUACGCCCCAACAUGGGCAAAUGCUCGAUAUUGCCAUUUCACAUUCGGAGUUGUUAUGGCCAUGGUCGGGGUGGAUGGCUGUUAGUCUGUCCGUUUCAGCAGAUGGGGCAAAUUACGAGGGGUUGGCUCAUGGUCACAUUACAGUCACUGUGGAGUCGCCCCCAGGGCCAGGUGAGAAGGAACCCAGACAAAGCACUGUUACUCUUCCAAUUAGGGCUAAAAUAAUACCGACACCUCCGAGACACAAGAGGAUCCUAUGGGACCAAUACCACAAUUUGCGGUACCCACCUGGGUACUUCCCUCGAGACAACUUAAAAGUGAAGAAUGACCCUUUGGAUUGGAACGGUGACCACAUCCAUACCAAUUUCAAGGACAUGUACCAGAAUUUAAGAAACUCAGGGUACUAUAUUGAGGUACUAGGAUCACCAUUCACCUGUUUCGACGCCUCCCAUUAUGGUACCUUGCUGAUUGUUGAUCCCGAAGAGGAGUACUUCCCCGAGGAGAUAGCAAAAUUGAAACGCGAUGUGGAUUCGGGUCUUUCCGUGAUUGUUUUCGCCGAUUGGUAUAAUGUGACAAUGAUGAAAAAAGUGAAGUUUUACGAUGAGAAUACGCGCCAAUGGUGGAUGCCAGACACCGGUGGUGCCAACAUUCCGGCAUUGAACGAUUUGUUCGCGUCGUGGGGGAUCGAGUUUGGGGAUAGAGUCUUUGAGGGGAAUUUUAAAUUGAACGAUCAUGAUAUGUAUUACGCCUCUGGUACCAGUAUUAGGAAGUUCCCCAAUGAGGGGAUUGUAGUAUCGGCGAAUUUGCACGAUCAAGGAUCACAGAUGUUGGGCGAGACGAACGUAGCGAAUAAGAAAUACAAAAUUCCUGUUUUGGGAAUGUUGCAAACCAAGUCGGGGGAGAAAAGUGGAAGGAUUAUAAUUUACGGUGACUCGAAUUGUAUAGAUGCUAGUCAUUUGGAGGCGGCGUGUUAUUGGAUGUUGGACGCCAUGUUGGAAUAUACUUCGACAUCGCAUUUACCGUCGAUUUUCAAAGACAACCAAUUGACGGAUUGGGAGGAUGUUGUGGAUACGGAAGUUCCGGUCCGAAUGGAAGGAAAUCGACUGUAUAGAUAUUCGAAAGUUUUAGAGGGGAAUUUAGGGGAAUCACACACUAGGCCUUUACCGCAAUGCCCACACUUGGUCUUUUCACACCCAAUUCCAUUGAAUGUUUCAGCACCUUCCAAUCUAUAUCAGUCGCAAAAACUACUCUCCUUAAUGGAAGACGUUGCUUUACCCACUUUAAAUAUCGAGAAUAUUAUUAAAGAUGCAUCGGGACAUGAAAACAAUGAAGAAGCCGAUUUAUGGAGUUGGCGAAAUAAACAAAUCAAUUCAGUUCAUUAUAAAACAGAGAAUUUUAAUGUCACACUAACCAUACUAGUGUUACUAUCUGUUCUUGUUUUUUGUUAUUGGCUGCGUUUGUAUCGACCCAAACCGAAAAAACGGAAAUUGUGCAAACGCUUGAUAAAUUUYAUGCAGUGUCGGAGAUUGUCCACAGUGUAGAAUUAGCAUUAAUAGUACAAACAUCACUUUGAAUUAAGUUGGCAACACUGAAUUAAUGACAUUUGACUAUAAAAAUGUGACGUUGUCAACUUUUAAAUUUCUUUGAUAUGUUAGAAUUAGAAGUAGCUCUUUUACUGCCAAUAGUAACAAAUUAGCGACUAGUUGUUUUCAUGUUUAACUCGACCAAGCUAACACCGAGUGCUUCAACGAACUCCUUUUUGUAAAUUUUUUAUUUCAUUGUAGAUAGCAUUUAAUUUAUGUACAAUUCGGCGUUUGUAUAAAGUUAAUAAAAAGAUUCUAUUUUUA